UAGCGGCUUCGUUGCAAUUUCCAGGCGGUGUCCGUAGUUUCUUGCAUAGACUAUGCCAGGCGGCUCCAAUUAGAACAUGGAUGCAAAAUUCUUCAAACUGCUCCUCCUGGGCGGCGUGGUGCGCUUCUAUUUCAGUCGCACGCCGUUGGCUGCCAUGAUUGGCAACCGAGUGGAGUUCGCGACGCCUUUGAAUUCACACAAGCGCAUGCAAGAAGGCAUCUUCCUGCUGCAGAGCGGCAUUGAUCCGUACCAAGGCGAUCUGGUCCACGAGACGCCACUGAUCCUCAGCGCUCUCUCUGGCUUAUUCCAA